GAAGAAUUGAUGUGCAUCAUCCACUUACCUAGAAAUAAGAACGAUCCAUUUGGCUUUGGUUGAAUUCUGUGGUGGUGGGUUGAUAGGCGUGCAUGCAUUUGAUGGAUUCGAAUAGGCCGCAAGGCCACGUAAUCCAUUGACUGGAAAUGCGGUACCGAAUCGAGAGGGCAAAUCGUGAAACUCUUCAACAAUUUGCUAAAUAAUAACAUUGAAAAUUAAAAUACAAGUUCACAUUUAUUUUAUCAGUCUAACAAAAUAGUCAUCAAGGUCUUACCUGAUUGUUAUAUUGUGAGUAAACCAGUACAUCUGACUUGGUUGUUUGUACAAACACUAUAAAUGUGAAAGCCAACGACGCGAUAAUUCGAUGCAUUGCAACGUGCGGUGUUUGAUUGUUGUAAACAAAAUCGAAAUGUAGUUGCUAAUUUAUUUGUUCUGUGUCGUUAAUAAAAACGAUGCAAGACCAUCGACCGAUAGGUUUUGGCUUUGAUUUUAAUUUUUUCAAUAGAUAUGCCUCAAUAAAAUUGUAACAAAUUUAUAGAAGUUUCAGUCCUGGCUUUCACAUCGCACAAUUUAUUCACUGAAGAAGAAGAAGAAGCAGUUGCCUUCAGUCCAGUCCAAUAUGCUGCAAUAAACAAAAAAACGAUGUUCUUUAUACAUACAACAAAAAACCCACAAUAUCAAUUAACCCAAAACAGUUCAAAACUAUAUUCCCAAUGUGUUUUCCGCGAUUAAAUGUGUCUGUUUCUUGGUGCUUGCAAUUGUGAAUGUGAAUAAACAUUUUUUUUCUGUUGUUGUUUCGUUUCGUUUCGGUGUAAAUUAACAUGAGCAGUUCUGGUCAUAUGUGUAUAUUCCAAAAAUAUAUUCGAGAUCUCAAUUGAUAUCAGACUCGAGUUAAUUUCUAUUUUAUGUGGAAACAAUAACGCGGUGUACGUGAUGAAAACUAAGACAGAAUGCACGAGACAAAAAUAAACAAAUUUCAAUGAUAGCUGUCUGUUGUUAUUUUUCUUUUUCCCAAUGAACCUGAUGUAAAUAUCGAAAAGUUAAGAAUUCACUCGUCAUUGAUAAAUAGACAAUUUAAUCACUAUGUUUUUUUUUUUGGUUCGAGCGUGUGCGUGUUUGUUGACCAUUCCGAAUUAGACACAUUGAGGCAAAUGUUUAAUUUUCAAUUUGAUAACUGUGCUCACUGCGACUGUUUGACAUUGUCUAAACAAAAUAAAAACAAUUGAUUUAUCGUGAAAAAUGCCAUCACUGGUCAUAAAUAGCCCAGCCAUAUCUGUUAUAUACUACACACAUAGAACAAUUAACAAUUAUUGUAUUGGCAAAACCGAGUCGACAAUUGUUUGCCAUUGCUUUGGCAAGAGUAAUUCGAUCGCUAAGUGUUAUCGAUCCCUUAGGUCGAUGGACAAAAAAAAAAUCGAAGCCUUUAGAAAUCAAUGUGAAAAAACAAAACAAGUACAACCGUUCGUUAGACGACAACGACGGAGUAGAUGGAGAGAAAAAAACAAACAAGGGAAAACACUCAACCACUCUUGUGUUGAUUUUAAUCGUUUUUUUUUCGCUGUUUAUUUCAGCCAAUACAUUCGUUGGCUCAAUCAAUACGAUAAUUGGGCUCAUGAUAAAAUAUAAACAGAGCUCACACUCGCUGCAACAACUCUCUACUGAACAGUGAAUUUGUACAUGGAAAUGGAAUCGACUAUUUCAAUAGCAGCAGCAGCAGCAACAACAACCGCAGCGUAUACCGAUAGAUGUGUAUGUUUAUUGCUACUCGUUCUGACUCGUGAUAUUCUCUGUGUUCCAUUAAACUCUUACUGCAAAUGAAUAACACACAAAAUAAGCGAUUUCAUAUAUGUACGACGCACAAUCCGUACUCAAAUACUUGAUUCACGUUGAAGCCAUGUUAAAAUCCGCAAGUAAUCGAAUGAACGGUCGAAAUUGCUGAACGGCACACCACAGUAUCACACAGUGUAUAGCGAAAUAUGUUCAAUGGAUUAUGAUCCAUUUGAAUUUAGCGAUGAACACCGUAUCACUGCCAUUUAACUAUAUUAUCGUUUCAAGGAAGCUAAAUGGAAUACAUUGACAUGACUGAACUGAAACAGUGCUAAUCUUUGCUGGUUGUCUGAAUUUCUUUUUAUUCAGUUCAACACAUUCUGUCUGUGUUGUUAUCAGCAUCGAUUGAAAUCGAAAAUAGCCAAACAUUCAUAAGCUUUGGGCUGGAUUUCUUUGAACUCAUUCGAUCGAUAAGGAGCUUAAAUUAUUUGAAGUGAAAGGAAAUUGUAUGUCGCUGGAAAACUCAUCGAAGGAUCCAUGCAUGAGCCGUAAUGACGUCAUAACCACUGAAACACACGAAUCGAUGCGGGCACAUGCGACAAAACAUACAUGACACAUAACAAACCUCUUUCUCUGCCCUUGAAUCGAUGGAUAAAAAAAGUAUUUGUCGAAUUUUCGGCUGAAAGCAGAUUUUCAGUGCAAAAACAUGUUUUUUUUCAUUCGAUAUGAAUCACAGAUAUGUGAUACAGAUUGUAUAUGCCUAAAGUGAAUUUUCGUCGCAAUGGUUCUUGAACGCUGACAAGAUCAUUUGACUUGAAUUAACGUCGAAUCAAUGAAUAAGUUUAUCCACUUCACACUUUGCAAACAGACACUCAGAACAAACAAUUGGAUAUGUUUUAAUAAUGAACAAUUACCUGUUCGCUUUGAGUGCACAACCAAUCUCUUGCAUCAAACGGUCUAAAAUUGAUUCACCAUAUGUCGUUUAGUACUUUUAUCAAUAUCACAAAAAAUUCAUUUCACAAAAUGCGCAAAUAAUCGCAUUCGAUUCAAAGUAAGAUGUCAUCGUUUGAAUUUCGUUUAAAAUGAAAAGUUUUUGUUUCUGUUUGCUUUGCUAGUUAACUUCACUUCAGUACAAACAAGGAUAGCAAAUUGUUUUUCCACUUUUGAUAUUGCACUUAGUACUUUGACAUUUGACUAUUCCGUAUUUUUCACUCUUUGUCAUCCACCAAAAAUGUAAACACACACACACACUCGAGGAAAGGAGCAUUAACAGCACUUAAAUUAAUUAUACAAACACACGAAAUGUGGAAAUGUCUAGUGAAUUGGAAAAUUUGCCGUCAUAUUGAAUCAAUAUUUCGUGCGGAUACAGCCGAUCUGGCGACCAAUCAAUUUAUUACGUCGAAACGUCAUUGUUCAGACGAUUUCUUGGCUUUUUUUCUGUAGUGUGUUUUCCCUCUCGCCCAAAUCAAUUUGUUGAUGAUAAAAAAAACAAUUUCUAUUGCGUCGUCGUCUUCACUGUCGCUUCCAACUUUCUGAUUUACGUGAAAUACAAAAUGAAGAAGAAAAAUAAUGAAAAAAUAUAAUCAUUUGUUUGUAUUUGUUGUGGUACAACCUCACUGUGCUGCGAAUAUUUUUGCUUUGUUCUCGUUUCUCUUGCUCCGAUCACACAUAUGAUAUUUUUCACUCACAUCUCCAAUCACAUAACAUUUGCAUCGACGUAAAAUAAGUAUGACUGAAUUUUUUUCAUUGUUUUUUUUUUCCUCUCCGUGUGCUCUCUUUUGCUAUCUCACUCGCUUGCUCGAUUGCUCAACACCACUCAUAGCAUGUAGCUGUGAACAACUGUCAUAUUCACGAUGUAUUACAAAUUGAAGAGAGAAAAAAACAGCUGUCAGAUUCUCUCAUUGUUUUUAUUUUUUCUUCUCUCGAUUCACCCAUCCGUCUCGUUCUCUAUCAGUGUGUUUGUUAUUUUUUCUUCUUCCUCAUCCAUACCAUGGCCGAAUUUCAUCUGCACGAUGUUCAUAUAUAUUGUAUCGUAAUGUGCGAUGGCGCCACUUGUAACGGAAUUACCAGUGGUGUACGUAAUUCAUUCGAAUUGAGUACGGAGCGCGUAAUUUGAAAAGAGAAUAUUGUUGGAAUGUAAUUGUUUUUGUCUACAUUUUUAAACAUUCAGGCUGAAUAAACAGUCUUAUGUUCAAGCCAUUGAAGUAUUUAUCAAUUUCAACGUAGAUUUGAGGCCUUCUUUAUAAUAGGCCGAAAGUUUUAUUAAAAGAAAAAUCAAUUCGUGCCGUUUCCAUCAACACAAAACGUUAUUAACAACGUUUUAUUUAAUAUUUUGAUAUUAAAAUAGGAAAAUUUUACAUUUACCAUGCGACCGAUUUUGAGUAGAUAACCUAAAUCAAAUGAAGAUUUAUAUGAAAGAAAUAUUUGUUGCGGUCAGAUUUUGGUUUUCAUUAUGAACAAACCACAUAUAAAAUAGAAUUUUAUUCCAAUUGCAUUGAAUCUUUCCUAAACAGUUCACCAUUUUUAUUACCAAAUACGGAUAUAUGCAGAGUCCGAAAUUCAAACAAACCGAUAAUCGAUUUGAGAUUCGUCAAUACCGACACACAAUCGCAGCGAAAGUUAAUGCAAAAUUGAAUCAUUAAGUAUGCAUGCAAAAUCAUGCCCAUUUCGUGGAAUCGUAUCCUGAUAUGUGCACUACUGGAUAAUAUGACGUCAGCGUAACGUACAACAAAGAGAGCAUUAGUUCGUUUGCACUAAGCACAAUGAACAAUUGCUGAGAUCGGUGCUUAUGAUGCUUUCUUUCAACUUAUGAAAGCAUCGGCUUGGGAUAUUAAAAAUGCAUUGAACAACACACAGUGUGAGUUCGAGGGAGAAAAAACAAUGUGCGAAUGACCCACUGCAAAUGAAUCGUGUUGAAUUCUGGUUCGAUUCAAAGUGGAUGUUUUUAUGGCUUUAACAGUCGUAGCGUGUCGCCGUUUCGAUUUACUUUCAUUACGUUAAAGCAUGUGGUUUUGGAAACAACGUACAAUGUCUUACGCACAUUUUCAAAUCCAAACGGUUUGCCAUACAAACGACGCUGUCGGCAAAAGAGAAAGAAACUCAAACAAUAGACAUAAAGAUGUUCGAAGAAAAACAAUAACAAAAGCAAAUCCAAGAAACAUCUGUUCAUUGAGUGUGUGCGUGAGUGUGAGUGGCACACCAACUACACCAGAUCCGAAGACGUUGAAUGCGUUUAAUGGCAACGUGUUUGCCAAAAUCAAAUAGUGCAAGACACACUAUUCAAAUUCUGAUGGUUUUCUUUACUCAUGAUUCCAUUUCUGUUUAUUUACAAAAAAAAAAAUGCUAUGAUUCAAAAAUUUGAUGACGCAGAUCAUAUAUAAAUAAAUCAAAAAUUCUGUGGAAGCGAUUGUACGCUUAUCGCAUCGUACAUUUCGGCUGAAUGGUAUUUCCCGUCGAUGUAUUGCCGCGCUAAAAUUCAUUUUCUUGGCUCAGUCUUCAAACGGACUUGAACACAGUAAGAACAUUGUUUGACACCAGACGCGAGUCAUUCAAGCAAAAGAAAUAAAAUUCGUUGUAAAGUCUACUACCGAGAAAAGUAAAACAAAUAUUUCUGCCGAUAACGUCGAUCAUUGAAAUUCAAAAGCAAAACAAAGAACUGAAUCAACGAGAAAGAAAAUCAUCGUACAAAAAAUCUAUACAUGAUCGUUGUAAUUAGGAGUUCAAUAGUAUAUUUUUACGAGCAUCGUAGAAACAUUUUUUUUGUUUCGUGUGUGAUCAUUAAUCGAUUAUAUUGUGUCGUGUGCAAUUAUUAUAUGGACGAAAGAAAGUGCAUUUAAGUUCAAGCUAUUCAAUGUCAAUGUUUUGGAGUUCACAUGUGCCAUCGUACAUAUGGAUGCAUUCAAACCUGUUGGUGUCUGUGUUGUGCACACACAAUUGCGUUGAGUCAAUGUGUUAGUGUGUGUGUGUGUCUGUGUACACUGGGAUUCCUGUGAAUUUUGAGGGAGAACGCAUACAACAGCAACAAAAGCCAUACACAAAAUUUAGGCGCGCGUCGAAUUCUCACGUGUAUUUUGAGCUCAUAACGCAUAAACAGAUAAACAGAGCAAAUCCAAUUUAUUUCCACAUAUAUAGACACAUAUUUUUUUGUUGGUUACUCCUUCGCUAAAUAAAAGUGCAGUAUUAUUGGAGUUGCCGUUUUUUUUGGCACGUGAAUCGGGUGUGGUGUGCACAACCGUUUACUUGAAGCAAACAACGAUUGAGAGAGAACGAGCAGAAGUGAAGGAAAAAAAAAACCACCACCAUUCGAUUUUUGCUUCAAUCGUGUUUUGUUGAUUUUUCAGUUGCCAUUGUUGUUGUUAUUGGUGCUCAUAUUUCUACCGUUUUUUUCCGCUCUAUAUUGACAAUUUUUUUCUUCGUCACAACGUUUUUUGUUGAUUAUCGCCGAUUCAUCGUACUUUUAAUUUGUGGAAACUAGUGACAAUAUUGCGUCAGUGGAUUCCAGUGAGAACAUUCAUUUGGUUCAACCGAAUUUGUAAACCAUAAAAACAUACAAAACAACAACAACAAAAAAACAGUUGGAUUUUAGUUGAAAAAACACAUGGUGGCGAACGAACACAAUAGCAAUUCGAUAAAAGUGUAAUUCUAAAUACAUUAUUUUUUUGUUGGGACUUUUUUUUCUUCUUCAUCGUUGAUUUUAAACUGUGUCUGAAUACUGCGAUCAGCUACCAAUAUGGCACAGUUAAAAAGUGUUUGUCAUACGAACUGAGCGAUUCUCGCUGAAUCGCAUCGGAAAUUAUCAAAUUCGCAACGGCGUUUUUGUUCACAAUGGAUAAAUCACAUGAAAAAUUACUUGAUGUCAAAUUAGAUCUGAAAGACGUUAAAAGCGAUAGCUGUUUGAAGAAUUGGGUGAAUUGGAUGGAAUGCCUGGUUAAAAUUGAAGCAAUCGAAUGUUUUCCGUGUUAUUUGAAAAUUGCUUUCUAUCAUAAGGAUGAUGCAUCUCGUGAAUAUCCAAUCAGUAUUAUUCGACUCAAUAUACCAGGCGUGCGAGUUGGUUCGGCUGCGUCACGUACAAAAUCGUUUACGUAUGGCAUUUUUUGGAAAAAUAACCGUAAGCGAUGUCGCCUUUUUCUCGCAUUCCAGAACAAACAAUCGUGCUCAAUGCACAUGAAAUGGGUGAAACAAUCUAUCGAUUCCUUGGAACUAUAUCGGAAAGAAAUUUUGGAAAAUCAUCGUAUCAGCCGAACAAUAAUAAAUGCAGUUACGUUUGAUGACGAUGAUUCAUUGUUGGACACAUCGAAAAAAAGUCUGAAUGAGACGCAUAUUGGACGUGAUAUGAACGAUAUUCUUGGUCCACUUCCUGAUAUUCCAGUUAGUUGUGAUAAUUCCAGAUUGUCGUUGAGACGUUCAUCGGGCUGCUCAAACAUUUAUGACGAUAUUUUAGAUCCAACUGAUGCUAAUGUUAAAAAAGAGCAAGAGUCACGCGUCUCAAUCGUGUCUGCUAUAUACGUUGAUAUGUCAGCACCAUUACAAUUAAACGAGAGUGUUGAACAACCACCACCAUUACCGCCACGUCGUCCAACGUUCAGCAAUGUUUAUACACCAGUUAAAUUGCAAGCCGAAGCUUCGACAAAAACACGUAAAUCAAGUUGGAACCUGAAGAAUGUGUUUGGCCGUACAAAGGAAGCAUCAAAGAACGGUAAACCAGUGGAAGCGUCAAAAAGUCAAACCACAGCAUCCAUUUCAAAGUUAUGCUCAAACGAUUGCGAGCCAAACUUGUUGGCAAACUGCAAAAAUAGUUUUUCAACGCCCGAUCUAACGAUUAUAAUCGAACCAAACAAAGCGGCGACAUCAGUCAAAUGCGAUGGCGAAGAAGUCGAUUUAGAUGUAAUGGAUAUUGAACGCUCAAAUUCGCUCAACUGUUCAAGCAAUCAAUUCGUUGGCCGUCCCGCUACACUCAACAUAUCCGAUAAUAUACUUUGGUCGCACAAUCUGUCGCUCACGUUAUCAUCAACCGCCAAUUCGUCAGCUAUCAAUUUGGUUGGUGCCAAUGUGAAUGGUCGUGACUCAUUUCUUGGCUGUGACGUAUCCGGCUACUGUAAAAUGGCACCAAUCCUAAAAAAAGAUGAUAGAUAUAAAUUAGUACGUACAUCAACCACACACUUUGAAGAUCAGCUAAAUCGAACGAAUAAGGGUCUCGACAGUUCAUCCGAUUAUUGUGCAAUGGCUCCGAUCCUACCCAAAAAUGAUCUCUCCACCAUAACGAAAUUAUCUAUUGAAUCUCCCGUUGCGAAUGCCUUGAAAAAUAUAACAUUCGAACGAACAUUUGAUUUUGAUGAGGAUCGUCCGUCGCUGUACUGUUCGUUGAGAUCAAUUGAACAUUCAAACCAAGCAUCACUCAGCGAUAUUACCACAUCGUCUGGUGUUAGCAGCUACGAUGGAAAUGCUGCAUUGUCGAGCACCAGAUGCAUUACACCCGAAACACCAUCAAAUUAUCGACAGGAACACGAUGACGCCAUAUCAUUAACAUAUACAGAAUCACCACCGCUAACUACCGAAACAUGUCAUAUCAACGAAAGCCCAUUUGUUUUCAAUUCAACGAAAUUCGACGAGAAAACACCGUCGUACUUCCCGAACGAGAAGUCUUCACCCGUACAAGAUUCAACAAAGUACACUGUUAAUACGAAGAAUGCAAAACAAAUGACACCGAAAAAUCGUCGCAAACCCAGCGCACCAGUUGCAAUACCAGUGAAUAAGGAAAGCAAUACAGAAAUCGGUAAUAAUUUGGUUCAUUUCAAGAAUGCAAAGAAACAAACCUGCAAAGGUGUAUUGAAAACACCAACAUCUGGUAAAGUACAAAAAUUCAAGCGUCGUGGUUCGGUUACGGAAAAUAUCACUCAAUUUGAGCAUCAUCCAACUGCAAUUGCGUACAAAAACGAAAACGAAAACUGUUACCACGAUAAUGGCUCACAUCAUCAAACAUAUCAACCGGCCAGAAGCUGCAAAUACGAUACAUUACCGCCGUCAUUCGAUUCGAAAACGGUGCUGUCACAUUUGGAUCCAAAUACAAAAUACGAACCAAACCGUCAUUCGAGCUUCGAAAAGAAUGCCAAAGCAACAAAGAUCAAGUCAUCACCACGUCGUAUUUACAACAAGUGGGCAACAUUGGCAAUUCGCUUGAAAACACCACCAUCCACACCGACCGAACUGACACCGGAUGACCGGCUCAACAGUAGCAUCGAUACAGCGAUGCGUUCAAAAAAAAACUACCACAUUCCAAGCGGCUCGGAUGGCUCAAGUAACGGUCUCACACGGUCAUGGGCACGAUUCCGAAAAAUCGAUUUUUCACCGCUCAAAACGAAAAUCAACAGCAUCUGGCAACGGCCAAGCAGCGAUACCGAAUCAUUCAAUUAGAUAUUAAGCUCGUAAUAGGGUACAAAAAAUAUUAAACGAGAAAACGAAACCGCGAAUUUUACUUUUAAAGCUAUAGGUAAUUUGUUAACCAGUUGCUUCUAGAAUGUUUAAUUAUAUCGUCAAUAGCUAUUUUAUAUGCAUAGAGAAUUUAAGCGCUUCUUGCGACUGUUAAAAUUUUUUUUUGCCUCUCCACUUCAAAGAAAUGCCUUUAAGUAAACAAACAGAAAAUAGAUAAAACCGCGAUACAUCGAAUUAAAAUUCAUAGCUAAAUUCAGAUAUUCUUUAGAAUAAAAACUAAAAUGCGUUUAGAUAGCUUUCAA